GCUAGACAAUUGAUGUGCUGUUUGUAUGAAAUUGGUUAAGCCUGGCCACAUAGAUAGCCAAUAAUACACAGGCUAAUGUUUACUAACGUUAGUUAAGAAGUUAGUCUAAUUACAUCAAGCAAAAUUAAAUUCCUAAAUUGUAAUUUAGCGCACCAGAUCGCUUGCUGACCUAGCUACGUGUAACAAAUGCAUAACUAUUAGCUAGCUAAAUGAUUGAUUAAAACUUUUUAUCUCGUUAAAUAAUUUCUUCCGAUGUCACUUUGCACAUACAUGUCCUAAAAUAGUUGACUGACUUGAAAUGAGGUCUUCAGUGGGACAGUGGGCUUGUGCAGCACUGGCCAAUGUGGCUUCGGUGAGGCGAAACAGAGCUGGGGACCCCGAUGUCCAUUCCCCCCUCACGGGCGCGUGGAGGCAAGUCAUGGCCCUGCGGGAGUCCCCCUUCUCCAACGGCUGCGCGGCGGGCCUGCAUGCCCUGGGCUGGGCUCUCAUCCUGCCCUGCUUCUGGUUCCUGAACAGGCUUCUCGCCGUCUGCAAGCCCACCACCCUGGAGCGGGCCCGGCGGGCGGAGCAGGAGUGCUACCUCCACCCGCUCAAGGUCUUCUUCGGCGCCAUACUCUUCUUCAUCCUCUUCCUCCUCACCGCCCCGCUGGCCUUCCUGGGGUUCUUGCUGUGGGCGCCGCUUCAGGCAGCACGCAGGCCCUUUUCCUACCACCAGGAGGCGGUGCCUGCCACUGAAGGGGAGGCGCUGGGUGGAUGGGAGCAGCAGGGCGGGGGCGGCAAGGUGACGUUCGGCUUCGCGACGGCCAACCUGUGCCUGCUGCCGGAGGGCCUGGCGCGCUUCAACAACCUGAGCAACACGCAGUGUCGGGCGGCGGCCAUCGGGAAGCUGAUCGCGUACGGCGUGAGCCGCCCGCGCAUCCGCAUCUUCGUGGACUCGCCCAGCAGCUGCGGCACGCUCAGCCCCUCCAGCAGCCUCCUGCCCCCCACCACGCCCUCCUCCUACGGGUCCACCGACACCCAGGACCAACCCCCACCCGCAGACGGCCCCGAGGAGCCCGGGGGGCCCGACAGGGCCAGGGCGGGGGACACCAUGAUCGACAUGCCGGGCGAUGACACGGAGUCCCCGGCUCCGCCUCCCUCCGCCGCCAACUUCAACCAGAACUCCCACCAGCACCGGCGCAAGGGCCACCGGCACCCGCCGCGGGCGCUGGGCUCGCUGGGCUCGGCCGACGACGUUCCCUGGGAGGUGUCGCCGCUGUUCCCGGCCGGCGUGGACAUGGUGUGCCUGGAGGAGGUGUUCGACAAGCGGGCGGCCCAGAAGCUGACCCAGGCCCUGGGCCCCCUGUUCGGCCACGUGCUCUACGACGUGGGCGUGUACGCCUGCCAGGCGCCCGGCUGCUGCUCCGGCUUCAAGUUCUUCAACAGCGGCCUGUUCCUGGCCAGCCGCUACCCCGUGCUGGAGGCCCAGUACCACUGCUUCCCCAACAGCAAAGGAGAGGACGCCCUGGCCGCCAAAGGCCUGCUCGCCGUCAAGGUGCUGAUUGGUCAGAACCAGGGGAAGAAUGUGGUGGGCUAUUUUAACUGCACGCACCUCCAUGCUCCUGAAGGCGAGGGAGCGGUCAGAUGUGAACAGCUGAACAUGGUCACCAAGUGGAUCGCCGAGUUCCAGGCCCAGACCAGGAGGUCAGACGAAAUGGUGGUCUUCGACGUGCUCUGCGGCGACUUCAACUUCGACAACUGCUCUCCCGAUGACGUGCUGGAGCAGAAGCAUAGCGUGUUUGAGGACUACAGAGACCCCUGCAGGGCUGGUCCAGGCAAAGAGAAGCUGUGGGUCAUCGGUACUCUUCUGGAGCAGCCUACCCUUUAUGAUGACGAUGUGAGGACCCCAGAGAACCUGCAGAAGACUUUGGAGAGGGAGGAGCUGAGGAAACGGUACAUCUCGCCCCCCGUCCGUCUGGCUGGGUGCCCCCUGGAUUACCCCGAACCUGGACAGCCCUGGGUUGGCCGGCGCAUCGACUACAUUCUGUACCGGGAAAGCACCCUCGAUAAACAGUGCCACACCGAAGUGGAGGAUUUCACUUUUGUGACCCAGCUUGCUGGCCUGACCGACCACAUCCCUGUGGGCCUAAGGUUAUCUGUAACACUGGAUUUGGAUGGAGCCAACCCCUGAGGAUCUGUCCCUUAGGAUCGAUCCCUGAGGAUCUGUCCCUUAGGAUCAAUCCCUGAGGAUUAACCUUUGCUGUAAAAAGAUGAGGUGGCUUUGAUGAACAGAUGGGCAGACGGUGGUUUCACUGUCUGAUUUAAGCCCACAAAGGGCCGAUCAGUGAGAGGGGCUGGUCUGCUGGUGCUGGAGACAUACCUCAACUGUCAUUCUGGUGUUUACCAAAGUAAAAAAAAUGUGCUUGAAACACAGUGGUGAUUCACUGUGGUGGUGCACAGAAUUACAGUUUACAGAAAGCCAAAAUGAAUGAACAGCGAGAAAGUGAUAUGCAACAGUGACCAAUGCAUUAAACAUAUAUGCCCUCACUUCCCCUAUGCAGUACCUCUCUCAGUGUAUGGACCCUGUGAAAAGGGUAGGCAUGUAAAUCAUGCAUGUUUUUCCUCACGUCCUGAUUUGCCCAUGAAUGGGAACAAAUAAACAAGAUGUGCCACCUGC